AUGGCGCCCCCGAAAGCUUUUGCCAACUAUCCCACACCCGUGGAGGGGCCUAAGGCCAAGUUUGAAUCUUACGCAGAGCAGAACCCAGAGCUCCGGGGCAUCCCUUUGUACAUAGGAGCUAACGUCAUCGCUUCCGUCAAUCUCAUCCAGAAAUAUCUCUGGAAAAAUGCUGGAUUCGGCCAAUUGAAAGACAUGCCAGAGCUGGAUGAUCCAACCGUGGUGCCUCUCGGCGAGAACGGACCUGGCAUGUUGCCCUGGGAGCCUGAGCUUCAAGCUACUCACAAUGGCGGUACUUCGGACAAGCCCCGGUAUUAUACCGCUGCAGACUACCAUGAAAUGUACAAGGCUGGCAAGGUCACUCCGCUACAGGUUGCUGAGACCCUCUUGGCCCUGACUGGGGAAGGCCAGAAACAAGCCAGUAUAUACGCUGAUGCUUGGGCCGAGUCUCACGGCAAGGACUUCCUCGCCCUGGAGGCAGCCAAGGCGUCUACGGAGCGUUACGCCGCAGGCAAACCUUUGGGCAUCCUUGAUGGUGUUCCUGUUGGUAUCAAAGAUGAUAUUGAUGUCAAGGGCUACGUGUCCCACUAUGGAAUGAAAUAUAGACCUGAUAUCGACUUCUUCAAGGAGCAGGCAGAGUCUGUCUGGCCCGUCAAGAAGCUCCAGGAAGCCGGUGCCGUUGUCAUUGGAAAGAACCGAAUGCAUGAAUGUGGCUGCGAGCCCAGCGGUGCCAACGUUGCUCAAGGAACGCCAACAAACCACUUCAAUUCCUCUUAUUAUCCGGGCGGUUCAACCUCUGGCGGAUGUUCAGCCCUGGGUGCAGGAGUUGUUCCCAUCGUUCUCGGAACUGAUGCCGGAGGUAGCGUUCGUGUCCCGGCAAGUUUCAACGGCGUCUUCGGACUCAAGCCAACCCACCACCGCACCAUGGAGAUCAAGAUGUCUACAUGUGUCCUCGGGCCAAUCGCAGCGACUGCUGCUGAUCUCGCCAUUGCCUACAGGCACAUCGCUCAGCCAGACCCAGAUUCCCCCGCCGGCAGACUGUUUGCUGCAUCUCAGCCUCCGCCCCCAGGUGCAAAGAAAUUCAUGGGUGUCUGGCGCGACUGGUGGGCCGUUGCUGACCCUCGAGUCCAAGACGUCUGUAACAAAGCUCUAAACUACUUUGCAGCCAAGCACGGCUAUGAGAUUGUCGACAUCUCUAUUCCCUGGCUGGCUGAAUCCCGUGUGGCGCACUCUCUCAUCUGCGUUACGGAGAUGACUGAAAAGGCUCGCCGCCGUACGCCCAACCCAGCCGACUGGCUUUCCCUCGUCUCCUCACCUACCAAACUCCUCAUGAGCGUCUCGUCCAAUACCCCUGCGGCCGACUAUCUCAAGGCCAAUGGGCUGCGCGAGCUCAUGAUGCAGCAUAUGGCAUUCUUGUUCCAAAAAUACCCCGGCCUGCUCAUCAUGACCCCCACAACUCCCUUGGUCGGCUGGGCCCGCUCUCCUGGUGAUGAUUCGUAUGGUUUCAGUGACACCAACACCACCAUCAAGAGCAUGAUGUACAUUUACUUGUCCAACCUUGUGGGAACACCGUCUCUAUCAGCGCCCGUUGGAUACGUUGAUCCAGACCAAGGCAAAGGCAAGCUCCCCAUUGGAAUCCUGGCCAUGGGCGAGUGGGGAGCAGAGGAGCAGCUGCUGGUGUUCGCAAGAGAGGCCGAGGAGUAUCUUCAUGAAGCAUAUGAGGGCGGUAGGAAGAGACCGGAUACCUGGUUGGAUGUUCUCGGCGAGGCGUCCAAGGAAGCGACUGCGUGA